CGUGCUUGAGCGGUUGAGCCCACGGAAACUCGCAUCGUGCCGCGUCCAUGGCGAUCCUGGCCGGCCUCGUCGCCGUCCUCUCCGCCCUCCUCGCCGCCGCGCUCAGGCGCCUCCUCCGCAUCCUCCGCCGGCCCACGCCGGCCGCGGGGUUCUUCCACCCGUACACCAACGACGGCGGCGGCGGGGAGCGCGUGCUCUGGUGCGCGGUGCGCGCCGUGCAGGAGCUCCGCCCGGGCCUCCCCUGCGCCGUCUUCACCGGCGACGCGGACGCCUCGCCCGAGGGCCUCGCCGAACGCGCGCUAGACCGGUUCGGCGUCCGCCUCCUCGGCCCGCCACAGGUUGUUCAUUUGAAUAAAAGAAAGUGGAUCGAAGCAAGCACAUAUCCCCAUUUUACAAUGAUUGGACAAAGUCUUGGCUCAGUUUAUCUAGCAUGGGAGGCUCUAACCAACUUUACCCCCCAAUUCUACUUUGAUACAAGUGGCUAUGCUUUUACAUACCCAUUGGCUCGACUAUUUGGCUGCAAAGUCAUCUCCUACACUCAUUACCCUACAAUCAGUUCUGAUAUGGUUGGGCGUGUUAAGCAGCGCAGUUCUAUGUACAACAACAAUUCUCGUAUAGCUGGAAGCAUUUGGCUGUCACGAUGCAAAAUCCUCUACUAUACCAUGUUCAGUUGGUUAUAUGGUCUGGUGGGUUCAUGUGCACAUCUUGUCAUGGUUAAUUCCUCGUGGACGAAAUCUCAUAUUGUUAAUAUUUGGAAGAUCCCAGAGCGUACUAAGAGGGUGUACCCUCCAUGUGAUACUUCUGCUCUGCAGAUGCUUCCCCUGGAAAGGUCAACAACACCUCCUGUUCUUAUAUCAGUUGCACAGUUCCGCCCAGAAAAGGCCCAUGGUCUUCAGCUGGAGGCAUUUGCACUUGCUCUUACAAGGCUUGAUCCUCACUUUCCUAAGCCAAAGCUUCAAUUUGUCGGUAGUUGCCGGAAUAAAGAGGAUCUGGAAAGACUACAAAAGCUUAAGGACAGAGCCUUUGAGCUACACAUAGAUGAGCUUGUCGAAUUCCACAAGGAUAUCUCUUACAUGGAGUUGGUACAGCUUCUUGGAGGUGCCAUUGCUGGGCUUCAUUCAAUGACAGAUGAGCAUUUUGGAAUAGUGGUUGUCGAGUAUAUGGCAGCUGGAGCUAUUCCAAUUGCACAUAAAUCUGCAGGACCAAUGAUGGACAUUGUGCUAGAUGAGGACGGCCAUCAAACAGGAUUUUUAGCCUCCAAGAAAGAAGAAUUUGCUGAUGCAAUUAUCAAGGUCUUGAGCAUGUCACAACAAGAGAGGCAAGAAAUGGCAGCUGCAUCACGGAAGCGUGCCCAAAGAUUUUCAGGGCAGAGGUUCCAUGAAGAUUUCACUGAGGCUGUCCAGCCAAUUUUGUUACCGAGGGAAGCUUGACGAGCUGCUGUUAACUCUAACAAUCUGAAAGCGCUAACAAGUUUCACAUGAUAGAAUGAAGAGGAAAGCUGGAUGUUGCUUGCAUACUGCACCGGCAGAAUUUUGUUUUGAGCUUUUUCCAGACAGCUGGUGUAUGUGCUUCGUUAGCUUUGUUUGGUACUAUACUUCUACUGUACAUUGCUUUGUGUACCACUACUGCACAGAAAACAGAUCACAGAAAUGAUAUCGUUUAACUUUGUUUGGUGCUA